AUGGAUAAGCAGUAUAUCAGUUAUAAUAACGUCCAUCAGUUAUGCCAAGAAGCAUCGACAAAAAUCAAGCAAUUCAAGCCUGAUUUGAUCAUUGCAAUUGGCGGUGGUGGUUUUAUCCCAGCCAGAAUUUUGCGUACGUUUUUAAAGGAGCCUAAUGUUCCCACAGUGCGUAUUUUUGCCAUUAUUUUAUCGCUGUACGAGGAUUUGCAAUCUGUUGGGUCCACCGAGGAAAAACCUGGCGUGAACGUGCAAAGAACUCAGUGGAUCGAUUACGAACAGUGCAAGCUGGACUUGGUUGGUAAAAACGUUUUGAUUGUGGACGAAGUGGACGAUACACGUACAACGCUGCACUAUGCCUUAAGCGAAUUGGAAAAAGAUGCAGCUGACCAGGCUCGUGCCAAGGGCGUCGAUUUGGAACAGCAUCCGGAGCUGAAGACCACUUUUGGUAUAUUUGUGCUCCACGACAAGCUAAAGCCCAAGAAGGCAGACUUGCCUGCAGAUAUACUCGACAACGAGCUGCGUUACAUUGCAGCCCGUAAAGUUCCUGACAAAUGGUAUGCGUAUCCAUGGGAGUCCACGGACAUUGUUACCCAUACACGCAACGCCAUGGAGCAGGACAACGAUGUGUUUUUGGAUUAG